AUGGAGUUUACAACAAUGUUUAGCCAGAAUGGCAAAAUAUUAACAGUGUUAAACAAUUUUAAAUUCAAAUUUAAAUACGAAUCAAAGACAAAUGGUAAUAAAACAUGGGAAUGCGUCAAUAAAACAUGCAAGGCCAAAUUGGUCAUCAACAAGGAAAACAUUUUUGAUCAAGAAAAAUCUGUUUUGAAUCAUAGUCAUGAAUCAGAUUCUUCAAUUGAACGUCAAGCAGUAAGUAAUAAUAUUAAACGAAAAAUAUCUGAAAGCAAUAUAAACAAAAUCCCAUCUAAAAUAAUAAGAAAAGAACUUCGCAGUUUAGAAAACGAUAUUCAAUUACUGGUUAAUGAUAUUUCAUAUAUUCGUAGAAAUUUAUAUAAUAAAAAAACAAAAUAUCACCCACCACUUCCCAAGGAUAUUAAUGAAGUACAUACAGUUCUAAUAAAUAUGAAUAUUAUGACUAACAAAAAUGAAAACUUUUUGCUAAUUAAUGAUAAGGAAACAAAUAUAAUUGUAUUUACAUGUCUCACAAAUUUAAAAUACUUAUGUUCUAUGGAAAAAGUUUUUAUGGACGGAACAUUCCAGUUCUGUACUACAUUUUUUUAUCAGUUUUUUGUACUGCAUGGUUUUCAAAAUGGUAUAUAUAUGUCUCUGGUAUAUGCAUUGCUUCCCAAUAAACGUACAUCGACUUAUGAACAUUUAUUUAAAAAGUUACGUGAUGCAUGUUUGACCGCAGGAUUUGUACUUAACCCGAAUAUGUUCGUAAUUGAUUUUGAAAUUGGAAUACACGAAGCGGUUCGCAGUAUAUGGCCAACCAGUAUUAUUCGAGGUUGUAAUUUUCAUCUUGGCCAAGCGUGGUUUAGAAAAUUACAAAAUUUGGGUCUAUCUAAACUUUAUAUUGAAGGAGUUACAGAUGAAGGAAAAUUUUUAAAUUAUAUUUUUGGUCUCCCAUUCCUUGAACCUGAUGAAGUCGAAGAUUCGUUUGUUUUUGAUUUAAUAGCAGAUAUGCCAUCUAAUAAUAAAAUAGUACAAUUUUGUGAUUAUUUAACAGAAACUUAUAUGCAAGACGUAUUCCCUCCUUCUUUGUGGGCAUCGAAAUCAGAAGUUAUAACAAAUAAUGAAAUCUUGUCCGGUAAUCAUAUAUGGUCUGAAUUAAAAAUUGUUUUUGGUCCUCGUUUUUAG